UAAUUUUUUAAAAUGUUUAUUAUAAAUAGGUUGUCAAAAUUAAACAAAAAAAGUUUUAUAUUUAAAAAUUUAUCUACAAAACCAACUCAAGAACAAGCUCAAGAAUUAGUCAAUGUUGAAAGACUAACAAAUGAUGAUAAAGGUAUUGUAGUCAUAGGUCUCAAUAGACCAGGGUCAAAAAAUGCAAUUAAUAAGUAUAUGAUAGAUCAGUUACUUAAUACUUUUAGAAAAUUGUACAAUGACAAUGAUACAAGAGUAGUGAUUUUUCGAAGUCUUGUAAAUGGAAUAUUUUGUGCUGGAGCAGAUUUAAAAGAACGUUUAAAAUUACCAUCUUCUGAUGUUGGAAAGCGUGUAACAGAAAUACGUAAUUUAGCUAAUAUUAUAGAAAAUGUACCUGUUCCUGUUAUUGCAGCUGUUGAUGGUGCUGCAUUAGGUGGAGGUUUUGAAUUGGCUUUAAGUUGUGAUUUUAUUGUAUGUGCUUCAAAUUCCAUUUUUGGAUUAGUAGAAACUAGACUUGGCAUAAUACCUGGUGCUGGUGGCACUCAACGUUUAGCGCGCGCAGUUGGUGGCCCAAUAGCCAAAGAAUUGAUUUAUACUGCCAGACUUUUUAAUGCACAGCAGGCUUUACAAUAUGGAGCUGUAAACAAAGUAAGUGAACAAAAUGAUGAAGGUAUAAGUGCUUAUAAGUGUGCUUUACAAAUUGCUAGAGAGAUUUUACCUAAUGGACCAUUAGCAGUAAAAAUGGCUAAAAAAGCAAUAAGUCAUGGACAACAAGUGGAUAUAAAUAAUGGUUGUGCUAUUGAAGAAUUUUGUUAUAGUCAAGUAAUUCCGACAAAAGAUAGAAUGGAAGGACUCUUGGCAUUUGUAGAAAAACGAAAACCAAAUUACACAGGGUCAUAAACUAAAUCCAUUAUGGUGUUUAUAAUUUUUAUUGUUGAAAACUGGAAUUUUUGUAAUAUAUUUAUAUGAUUCAAU